AUGGCCCAGUCCGUGUGGGGCUACGACAGCGACAACGGACCCGAGCGCUGGCAUGAAAACUACCCUAUGGCCAAAGGUGACAAGCAGUCACCCAUCGAAAUCAACAGCAAAGAUGUGCGGCACGACUCUUCGCUCGCUCCUUGGCAUGCCAGUUACGACCCCGGAGCAGCCAAAACCAUCCUGAACAACGGACGGACCUGCAGAGUUGUCUUUGAUGACAGUUUUGAUAGAUCAGUGCUGAGAGGUGGGCCACUCACAGGAGCCUACAGGCUGCGCCAGCUGCACUUGCACUGGGGUUCCUCUGAUGACCAUGGCUCUGAGCAUGUCAUAGAUGGGGUGAAAUAUGCAGCAGAGUUACACAUGGUACACUGGAAUCCAAAACAUGGCAAUUUUGCUGGAGCUUUGAAACAACCUGAUGGUGUGGCUGUUGUGGGCAUUUUUCUGAAAGUUGGAAAAACUCCCAAACCAGAAAUGAAGAGAAUUCUUGAAGAAAUAGAUAACAUUAAGACCAAGGGGAAAGAGGCUCCUUUUCAGCACUUCGAUCCAUCAAUUCUUUUCCCCAAAUCUCGGGACUACUGGACCUACCAUGGUUCGUUCACAACACCCCCCUGUGAGGAGUGCAUCACUUGGAUUCUCUUGAGGGAGCCCAUUGAAGUCAGCCCAGACCAGAUGGCAAAGUUACGUAGCCUUUCCAAGAAUGGUGAAAACGAAGCCAUGAACCCACUGGUUGAUAACUGGCGUCCACCUCAGCCUGUGAAGGGCAGGGUGGUGAGAGCCUCGUUCAAGUAAAGCUCUGUGGAGCCUGAGUUGAGAAAAUCCCUGCAUUCUAAAGCAUAGUUAGUUUUUGCUCUCUACUGCUUUUCCACUGGAUCGAGAUCUGUGUUUCUCAGCUUAACAUUCUGAGUGGUAAAACUGAAUCUGAUUUUUAAAGCAGAAGAAGAUACUCUAUGCAAUCACUAACCUUAUGAAGGAAGUGUGAAAUACAUGUAUUCCUUGACCUCAUGUUUUAGCAUUUGUGAUAGUGUUACUUCUCUGCCACGUGGUCUUGGAAGAAAAACGGGCUCAGUUCCAAUACUUAAAAUGAAUUUCAAAGGAAAUGUGCUAAAGGCAGAAAAAUGAACCAGUAGCUCAGGAAAGCAGAAAUAACAGUGGGUCAAACAGUACAUGAACAGGAGCUAAAAUGCCUGCUCCUACAGCAUCUUUAGUAGAUAACUUCCUCAGAUGUCCCACAUUGUGCAAGCAUCCAAAGAGUAAACUCCUCUUUAAUGUACCACAUUUUUCUUUUCCUCUCUUGUUCAUAGUUUGUUGUCCAGGAUUCUGGGGAUACAAUCAGGCAUGUUUGGCUUUUGUGUGUGAAGACAAAGAUAUACCUUGCUGUCAUUGCAGCAUUUGCUGUCUUUGCCAUGUCCUGCAGCUGCCCAUUGAUCUUUCCUUGAUUUACUGCUACUGUUACUUCACCCAUCCAGCCCUAAAGCAUUGCUGGUAUCAGGUUGCCUUGUAUUUAGUACAGCAGCUUUAGGAUUGCUGGGGGGUGAAGUGCCUUGCUCCUGCUGCUCUACUGUUACCUCUCAGGAUGAUGGAUUUUAUCUUUGAUCCUCUGCCUAUUUUUUUUUUUGGCAUCUUAGUCUACAUAUUAAUGAUUUCACCUAUUAGGGAUUUUGUUGCAUAUGGAGAGGGUCUUUGCUGAUGACUCGUGUCAUUUGUCUUCCCUGCUACUAAAAAAAUCCAGAUUGUCUCCUAAGUGUUUGUUUACUGUGACUCUGCAUAGUUGGAGGCUCUAAGUGAAGUCUCUUUAGCGCUGUCACUUUCUGGGGAGGCAGUUCAGCUGGCACAUAUGAUCUGAGCAAAGAAUGACUGGCAGACAGAAACAUCUUCCCCUGUCCUUCACAAUGCUAAAAUGCUAUCAUUUCGGCAUGCUCCCCAAACAGUGUAACACAACUACCAUCUAGGUUAGCUCCACAUGCAGAAUAUGUGAGUAAAUAUCUGCUACUUAAUAUUGACCAUUGGGAUGACUUCUCAGCGUGGUACCAAUCAGAAGACUGGGUAGUCAAAGCCAUGGUGAGUAAAGUUUCCUGAAAAUUAAGUUUGGGAAUUAUCUUCCUCUAACUCAUGAAUAGGUGGCAAAGAGAGUUCUAGAGAUACUGCAACAAACAUGUUCACAGUGACGUACAUAAGGAAUAUGUCAAAACUUGAAAAAAUCAGGGGUACAAGUGGCUAGAAGAGGCAUUCCCAGUCACCCUUCACUAUUUCACUUUUCAUCUUUGCUAGAAAAAAAUGUGCUCCAGUGGUGAAGUAAGGAACAGGCAAUAUUGGCUAAAUUUUGCUGUUAUUACCAGCACAAUUCAGUGAGAAUUCAGGGAUAAAACUGAAGGUGGAUUUUGAUCCUUUAUACUCACUUGGAAUUUUUCAAAUAAUUUUUGAAUUCCCACUGAGAAUUAAUAUUUCAGUUUACUAGAAGCUUAUUUUGCUUAGUAUGAAACAAUUUUAUUUUAAAAACCAAGUUCGUGUCAGCAGAAACUGAAGUAUUGAUUGAAUCCUGUUUACAAUUGUUUUGCCAUUGACUUAUUAUCAGAAGAUCAGCUUUUGAUUUUAGGAGUGCAGCACUUGCAACAGCAUUAAUUUUAAGAGUCUCUUAGAUCUUUAAACUUUUGAGUCUGUACAUCUCAACACAUAAAAAUGUUUCUAUAGAAAGCUCAUAAACAACUUUUUCUAUUAUACUGUGUCUUACAUGUAAAAUUUAUUGUUAUAUCCUUAUGCAGUUGAUCUUGGUGUUGAGAAAGUUUCUACGUAAAUAACUGAGACAAGAAUUUGAGUCUACCUACCUAAAAGGCAUUGACUGUGAUGUUUUAAUUUCUUAUUAUUGGGGCAAUAAAACAGGAUUAGUUGCCUGCACUUAAAAUAAUGGCUUUUGUGUCUUCCGAGAACCAAUAAACUGACUUAGAU